AUGAAGAUAGUCAAAUGGGAUGAGGAACAUGUGGUCAAAGGGGAUGAGGAACAUGUGGUCAAAGGGGAUGAGGAACAUGUGGUCAAAGGGGAUGAGGAACAUGUGGUCAAAGGGGAUGAGAAACAGAUGGUUAAAGGGGAUGAGGAACAUAUGGUCAGAGGGGAUGAGGAACAUGUGGUCAAAAGGGAUGAGAAACAGAUGGUUAAAGGGGAAGAUGAACAUAUGGUUAAAGGGGAUGAGGAACAUGUGGUCAAAGGGGAUGAGAAACAGAUGGUUAAAGGGGAUGAGGAACAUAUGGUCAAAUGGGAUGAGGAACAUGUGGUCAAAGGGGAUGAGAAACAGAUGGUUAAAGGGGAUGAGAAACAUAUGGUCAGAGGGGAUGAGGAACAUGUGGUUAAAGGGGAUGAGGAACAUAUGGUCAGAGGGGAUGAGGAACAUGUGGUCAAAGGGGAUGAGAAACAGAUGGUUAAAGGGGAUGAGGAACAUGUGGUCAAAGGGGAUGAGGAACAUAUGGUCAGAGGGGAUGAGGAACAUAUGCCAAAUGGGAUGAGGAACAUGUGGUCAAAGGGGAUGAGGAACAUGGUCAGAGGGGAUGAGGAACAUAUGGUCAGAGGGGAUGAGGAACAUGGUCAAAUGGGAUGAGGAACAUGUGGUCAAAGGGGAUGAGAAACAUGGUUAAAGGGGAUGAGGAACAUAUGGUCAGAGGGGAUGAGGAACAUGUGGUCAAAGGGGAUGAGGAACAUAUGGUCAAAUAGGAUGAGGAACAUAUGGUCAAAGGGGAUGAGAAACAGAUGGUUAAAGGGGAUGAGGAACAUAUGGUCAGAGGGGAUGAGGAACAUGGUCAAAUAGGACGAGGAACAUAUGGUCAGAGGGGAUGAGGAACAUGUGGUCAAAGGGGAUGAGAAACAUGGUUAAAGAGGAUGAGGAACAUAUGGUCAAAUGGGAUGAGGAACAUGUGGUCAAAGGGGAUGAGGAACAUGGUCAAAUGGGAUGAGAAACUGAUGGUUAAAGGGGAUAAGGAACAUAUGGUCAGAGGGGAUGAGGAAUAGAUAGUCAAAAGGGAUGAGGAACAUAUGGUUAAAGGGGAUGAGGAACAUAUGGUCAAAGGGGACGAGGAAUAUAUGAGGGGAUGAGGAAUAGAUAGUCAAAGGGGAUGAGGAACAUGUCAAAUAGGGUGAGGAACAUAUGGUGAGGAGGACAAUAUGGUCAA